CCAAUACCAAGCCAUUUUCCGGUCGGAGAGCGUCAUUUUGUGGGCAUUAUGACGAGAACUUUGGGGUCAGUACUUGCUGCCUCGUUUCAACAAAGUCGGUUGUACGGGAAUAUUUUGGAUCGGCGUCAAAUCAUUUCCAUUUCCGCAAAAAAUCGUCUGUAGCAGGACGUUGGCAAAUCAUGCUACGUAAACUAGGAAACUCAGCUUUUUCUUCUGUUGGAUCCACUUCCACUGACUUCCACUUUUCAUUCAUUGCUGGUUGGAUUGGUUCCACACGCGCGCUAACGUUCCCCGCGUCUAUAGUAGCUUCUCUCUCCGCGUCACAGCUGCCUUCACCGCGCGCCUCCAAGUGUUCACAUCAGCAGGUCCCCGUGGUAAACCCCCUAAGUAACGAUGUAAGGGACUAGAUUGUUGUUGACGGCAGCUAGCCGAUGCCAUCAAAAAGGUUGUUGUUGUUGUCGUAUUCAGAUGUGUUACACACGUUAUUUGCC